ACAACUAUCGCUUCCUCGUGCAUGAAAGUUUUUCGCAAAAACUUUUUGCGCGAGAAAGAAAUAGGAAUCAUUCCUCCGGGCGGAUAUAGAAAUGCGGAUAAACAAUCGCGAAAAGCCUUAAAGUGGUUAGUGUGGAAGGAGCGUGAGCUCGGUCAUCGCAUAAUUCACGCGGGACGAGGGCGCGAGUACGAGAUUGAUGGCAGGCGCGUUGACGGAUACUACGAGUCGGAAUCGGCAGACGGAAUACAACGUUACGUACUUCAAUUUCACGGAUGUUUCUGGCAUGGAUGUCCGACGUGCUUUCAGGUGAAUCGCGACAGAACGCUUUUGUCCACGAAUCGUGGAGAUACGAUCGACACGCGUUACGAACGAACUCUCACAUCGACAUAUCGUCUACGAAAACGGGGAUACCACGUGAUAGAGAAAUGGGAGUGUAACUUUGACCGGGAAAUGCGUGAAAAUCUUGAGAUGCGUGAUUUUCUCAAGAAUCACACGUUAUUAAAAUCUGAUCCUCUCGACCCGCGCGAUGCGUUUUUCGGCGGUCGUACGGGAAACAUCGCUACCCGCUAUGAAAUUACGGGUACAGAGAAAAUACGUUAUGUGGACGUAUGCUCUUUGUAUCCGUAUGUAUUGAAAACGGGUGCUUUCCCAUACGGUCACCCCGAUAUUUAUGUCGGUGAGGACUGUAAUGAGUUAAUUGGUGAAGCGCCAAAUUUUAAUUUUGACUCGGUCGAAGGUCUUGUACGCUGCAAGGUGCUCCCGCCGCGUAAUCUCUUUCAUCCGGUACUCCCGUAUCGGGUAAGAGGAAAGCUGCUUUUCGCACUGUGUCGAAGCUGUUGCGAAACUUUCUCGCAGGAAACGUGCACUCACGAUCGUCCCGACAAGUGUGAAUUCGAAGGUACUUGGGUAUCCUGCGAAUUACGCAAAGCCAUCGAAAAGGGCUAUCUCGUGACGAGCGUUAGUGAAAUUUGGCAGUAUAAAGUCACACGAUACGAUCCCAAUACUCGGCAGGGAGAUUUGUUUGUCGAAUAUAUAAAUACAUUUCUACAAUUAAAGCAGAAAGCUAGUGGAUGGACGAGCGAAUGCGGGGAUAACGAUGACGAUGCUAAGGAACGUUACCUGAGGGAAUACGAAAAAACCGAGGGUAUCGUUCUCGAUAGAAAUAACAUUACUCGAAAUUCCGGUUUGCGUUCGGUCGCUAAGCUUUGUCUAAAUUCAUUUUGGGGAAAAUUCGGCCAGCGAACCAAUCUGCCUAAUACUGAGAUCGUAAAGUCAUACCAACGACUAAUGACUUUACUCACGAGUCCGGAGCAUGAGAUAACUGAUAUAUUACCCGUCAAUAACGAGGUAAUAUAUGUUUCGUGGCGGUUACGUGAAGAGGCGGUCGCAUCUUCUCCGAUGACGAACGUCGUAAUCGCGGCAAAUACGACGGCGUUAGCGAGAUUAAAAUUAUACGAUUAUUUAGAAAAAUUAUAUAAGCGCGUUUUAUAUUACGAUACAGACUCAUGUAUCUACUUGUACCGGUGA